UUCCUCUCUCGGCCAUUUUUGGGGGACUCGAAAACUUGCUGAGAAAAAGAUGUACCGGUGCCGGCAAGUAGUCUCUCAAUGUUCGUCGACCAUCAAGUCAAAUCUUGGACAUGGCAGACAACGAUAUGCUGCUUAAAUUUAGGAAUUGAUGCCAUGUGUAUUAAUUAGGCGAAAGUACUACUAAAAGGUUUGGCUCCGACCAUGGCUACAGCAAAACUCCAGCAAUCAAGCCGCCCACGUUGAAUGAGAUGCCCACACCCAAGGGUUCGUGGGCAACAGAACAUUCCCGUCAGCAGUCCAAGUACAAUAUGCACUUGGCUGCAGGACUGGGCUUUACUGCAUUCACACUUUUUGUGGGCUAUCAAUCAGGUUCAUUCUACCUGAACUAUGGACCUGAUGUAAAAAAUACAAAGGUAAGUGUGCUCAGUCAUGAGCAGGUCCGUGAGAGAGCGGCUGCCGCUGCUGCUUCAGCAGUUGUUGCUGAAGAGUCUGAUCCAGAAGUGUUGGCAGCUGGAGUAGAGGAGACUGCUCCAGUAGAAGCUGUUGUAGUCGAAGAUGCAUCUCCAGAAGCUGCUGAAGAGGUUGCACCACCAGUAGUUGAGGAAGUCACUCCAGUUGCCGUACCUGAUGCUGAAGCUGUUGCAGAACCAAGCAGAGAUCAAACAGGACCCUCUGACCAGUCAGAAGUAGCGCCUUCCGUAGUUGCAAUCGUCGGAGAUCUACCCGUCCAUAUUCCUUAUCUAUUAAUCGGAGCCGGGACUUCUUCAUUCGCCGCCUUUCGUGCCAUAAAAUCCCGUGACCCUAAAGCGAAGGUCUUGGUCAUUGGUGAAGAAAAUCACUUGCCUUACAUGAGGCCACCACUAUCGAAAGAACUGUGGUUCAGUGACGAUCCUGAAGUGUCAAACAAACUUAAGUUUAAGCAGUGGAACGGUAAAGAACGAAGUCUAUUCUUCGAACAGGAUGAAUUCUACUGCAGUCCUGUUGAAUUGGUUGCCAAAGAUAAUGGUGGCGUUUCAGUUGUGCGAGGACAUCGUGUUGUUAAACUGGACAUUGUCGGUCGUAAAGCUGAGUUAGAUGACGGUCGCAGCAUCACCUACGAUAAGUGCCUUAUUGCCACAGGUGGUAAACCGAAAUCAUUGCCGUCGCUGAGCAGUGCUCCGGAAAAUGUCCAGGAUCACGUGACACUAUUCCGCAACAUUGAUGACUUCCGGCGACUCGAGUCUAUAUCUCGCCAAGUCAAAUCUAUCACGAUCAUCGGUGGUGGAUUCCUCGGCAGUGAACUUGCAUGUGCUCUUGGAAGAAGAGCCAAAACUAGUGGACUGGAAGUACUUCAAGUCUUUCCAGAAGAUGGUAACAUGGGCAAAGUUCUCCCGAAAUACUUGAGCCAAUGGACGACCGAGAAGGUGAAGGGUGAGGGUGUUCAGGUUUUGCCCAGGACGCACGUCGAGGGAGCAACCAUGGACGAUGAUAAGGUCGUUUUGACCUUGCAGGAUGGGCAAAAGAUUAAAACCGAUCAUGUUGUGGUUGCUGUUGGUCUGGACGCAAACACGGAUUUGGCUGUCGCCUCAGGUUUGGAAAUCGACCCCACGUUUGGUGGUUACCGAGUCAACGCCGAGCUUGAAGCGCGGUCUAACGUCUGGGUGGCUGGUGAUGCUGCCUGCUUUUACGAUAUUAAAUUGGGCCGUCGACGUGUUGAACAUCAUGAUCACGCUGUCGUGUCUGGUCGACUAGUGGGCGAGAACAUGACCGGGGCUGGCAAACCAUACUGGCACCAGUCCAUGUUUUGGUCAGACUUGGGACCGCAUGUUGGCUACGAAGCCAUUGGUAUCGUAGACUCGUCAUUGGAAACGAUGGCUGUUUUUGCCAAAUCGACCGCCGCUGACACCCCGAAAGCUGUUGUCGAAGCCACUGGCGAGGGUGUUCGAUCAGAAACGGAAAAUGCUGCCACAGAACAAUCUUCCAUGAAAGAAUCGAACAAACUUCACGCACCAGUCCAGGGUGAACAUUAUGGCAAAGGAAUCGUCUUUUACACGAGGAAUGACGUUGUGGUCGGUAUGGUCCUCUGGAACGUAUUCAACAAGAUUCCCGUCGCUCGCAGGAUUUUGAAGGAAGGCUUGACGACCGACAAGCUCGCUGAAGCGGCCAAACUCUUCGAUUUACACGAGUGAACUGGUUUCAAUUGCUGAUUGUUAUUCACUUUUGAACCCGCCAGUUGUAUAGGUAAAGCCUGUCGAAAUCGUGUAGAAAGUGAAAUUGUUGUACCUCCCAUUCCCACUACCCGUCUCGGUGUUGUCGGAGUUGAGCUUUUUAUUUUGUUCGGUGAUGUUAACGGCGGUUCUUUGUAUAAUUGCAGUACGAUGGACGAAAUACAGUUAGUGGAGAUCCGAA